AUGAAUAAUCUUCAAGAUACAAUCACCAAAGAUAAACAUGGCGAUUACCUUGCCACCGCAUCCAAUCCAGUUAAUAUCGAUCCUCAAUAUAUGGGCGAUUAUCCACCUCCCAAAUUCACAACAUCAAAAAUACCUGAUCUUCCUCCACCGACGCAGUCAACAACCGAGUCUCCGGCAAUCAAUCGCCCACCAAAAUCACCCGGUGAAGCUUUAGGACCAUUUUUUCAAUUCAUAACAACCGAUUUAAAUCGAAUGCUAUGGAUCGGAAGUGCGUUAGUCUUUCGACAUGUCUCCUAUACACAACCACAUAUUGAAUUCCUGGGUGGAAAUAAUACGUCGAUUAAUUACACUUGGGAAAUCCUAUACGAAAACAUCUUUGAUUUACGUGCUUAUCGAGUGAAUAUUUUUAUCCGUAUUCCACCGGGUGAGAACGACGAAAAGAUCUCUUGGAAGAUCGAUUGGGGUGAAAAAGUUACAACUGGCCAGUUUUACAUUGCUCAAUUCAAUCAAAAAUGGCGUGGAGGAUUCUUUUCCUGCAAUGGUUUUGACGCUACUGUUACUGAAGACAUCGCGUCGGAUUUAACUUAUUCCAACGUUUGGAAUCAUCUGUUGUCCGUUCACAAGGAAAAGCCGUUUCAUGUGUUACUAUGGGGUGGCGAUCAAAACUAUAUCGAUUUUAUCUUCGAAGACAUUCCGUUCUUACGCGCGUGGGUUAACAUGGAAUGGAAUCAAAAAUGGACAACAGAUUUUCGUCAAGAUUUACAAGAUCAAGUCGAACAAUAUCAUUUCAACACGUAUGCAGAAAAUUGGAAUCGAAGAGAUGAAGUUCGAAAUGCUCUCUCAUCAAUUCCAAGUCUAAUGACGUGGGACGAUCAUGACAUAUUCGAUGGAGCGGGAUCGUACCCGCCACUAAUUCACGAUAGUCCAAUGAUGAUGGGUCUAUUUCACUCGGCGCAAAAGAUGAGACUUUUAUUUCAACAUCAUACGACUUUAGCUAAAGCCCGGCAACAUUAUCUAUUUGGAUACCAAGGAUACAAUUUCUUUGCUCAAUGUGGUCCGAAUUUGGUUAUUAUUGGCACAGAUGGUCGAAGUGAACGAACGACUGAACGAGUGCAUGAGGAAAAAACUUGGCAAAUGAUUUAUAACCAAUUAGAAACUGCUUCUCCGAACGUCAAACAUGCAAUCAUUCUAUUUCCUGUUCCAUUUUCAUUUGUUCGUGUUCGUAUUGCCGAAACGAUAUUUGAACAUCUAAAAAAUCUUCCAAAUAAAAUGCGAAAUGUUCCAUUAGUCAAACAAACCAAUUCUAUCUUCGGUUUACCCGAAUUGUACGAUGAUCUUCUCGAUGAAUGGACACAUGAAAAUCAUAUCGAAGAACGAAAUCGAGCACUUGCUCGUUUUCAACAGAUUUCCCGAGAGAAAAACAUACGAAUAACGUUUUUUAGCGGUGAUGUUCAUUGUUGCGGAAUAAGCCGAUUUCAAACCGAUGAAUCUGAACAUUCACCAUCGAUAUAUGACCAUCGAUUAAUGUAUCAAAUUAUCUCUUCAGCGAUCGUGAAUAUGCCACCGUCGAAAAUGGCCAUACGUGUUGCGCAUCGUUUCAAAACGAAAUGGAAUCCGAUUGACCAUACAGAGGAAGAAGUGAUUGACUUUUUCGAACGAAAACCUGAAACGGGCGGGAAAGUCUUUCAUAAGAAGUUUCGUCCGAAUAGAAACUGGUGUUAUUUUGAACAAUGUGAUUCAACAGGUGGAACUUUUCCCAUUAGUUUAGGUCCAACGUCCACUCAAGAUGGAGAAGGAAGUCAGCAAGCACCUAUUCAUCAUCAUUCACACGGUAAAUUCUGUCAUGAACAUGAUCAACACGAAAUUUGCGGAACAAGUAAUCUAAAAAUUCGUUUAUGGCUAGAAAGUGCACAGAAACAUGACGAAGGAAGACAAUUUGUUGCUUUUGACCUAUUAAUCCCGAAUCUUGAGAAAUAA